AUGUGCUCAUCGCAGAUGUUUAUACAAAGGUUGCUUUUAGCACUGCUUUUCUGUGCGUGUCUGGUUCGCGGUAACACGGAGACUUGGCAACUGGAUCUGAACGGUGGAGAUGCAGAGCUGCUGAUUCUUGGAGAUGCGUCCAACAGCACAGUACACCACAUCACGGCCCCUGGUGCCACAAUAGACGUGUCAGACGUCUCUGGCAAACAACUGGUCGCUAUGCGGUACACGAAUUGGGCACAGAGCCGCCUGUUUUUGAAGAUUUGCUGGACCGCGAUGGACCCGAUCUCGAUCGAUGACUUCCAAUACGCGGUCUCAAAAGAACAAUCCUUACUCUAUUUGAAGUUCACAACCCCGUUGCACUGCUAUCCGCGAGAACUGCCCUCGCAGGACCACAUCGUUCAACUAAACAUCUCCAUAGACGAACUGUACCUCGAUUGCAUACCGAAACAGCUGCUUCACUACACGGUCCCGUUUAUCGUAGCUGUAGUAGUAGCCGUAUACACGGCAUUCUUCCAUUACGAAACGAGAUAUAACCUAUAUACAUACCUCUCCAUCUGA